UUCAGAGGUUAAUCCCAUUGGACAGUGCAGGGAGACCGAGUCAGGUGAUUUCCAAGGAAGCGAUUCAUUCAGUCAUCCUCCACAGAGAGGGGAAUCCGCCCAAUCCGGAUGCACAGAGCGUCUGUGGGGCGGUCAGUUGUGGGGUUCAGCCGGUUUUAGCUCGCAGGAUUUGGGGUAUUUCAGCACCAGAAAGGACGGACAGCUCCCGCGGCGUUCAGCUUUGUUUCCACGCCGCUUCUGAGACCCGUGCCCACUGCAUCUCGCUCUGAGGACCGCGACGCAGAGGGGCUCGGUGGAGCAGACUGCAUGCCGGAUUCGACGCUUUUAAGGAGGUCAUUUGCAUGCGGAAUCUCGCCGGGUGCAGCAGCUCUACGUCGGGACUGAGAAACGAUGGCGGAGUGUGGAAGGAGGGGACUGUCGCUCCUCGAGGAAGCGCGAUCUCGCUACGAGAGCCUGCAGAUUUCCGACGAUGUAUUCGGGGAGUCGGGAGACGACAGCAGCGAAAACCCCUUUUACAGUACGACGGGAGACUCCAAUUCGGAUAACUACACGGAGACGAAUCCGGACGAUGCCAGAGCAGGUAAAGCGAGGAGUCAGAGCUGCGGUCCCCCCGGAUCCGUCUCCAACGGCCAGGCGCAGGAGGAGGGCUGGAGCGACUCGCUACAGGACCUCAGCGUGCCCCACUAUCAGGACACGCAUGGUCCGACACAGAAAAUGCCGGCCACUGCCACGGCCAUGGACUUCUUCCAGCUGUUUGUCCCUGACAACGUCAUUCAGAACAUGGUGACCCAGACCAACAUGUAUGCCAAGAAGUACCAGGAGCGCUUUGGCAGCGAUGACGGAUGGACCAAUGUGACGCUGGCUGAGAUGAAGGCCUUUCUGGGCUACGUUACUUCUACUGGCGUGAACCGUUGCGAGUCAGUGCUGAGCAUCUGGAGCAGCGGAUUCUUCAGUAACCGCAGCAUCGCGCUCAAGAUGAGCCAGGCACGGUUCGAGAAGAUCCUCAAGUACUUCCACGUCGUAGCCUUCCGCUCCAGCCAAUGUGGCAGUCAGGGCCUCUAUAAGAUCCAACCCUUCCUGGACUCUCUCCAGCAGAGCUUCGCCUCGUCCUUCAGGCCCUCACAGACACAGGUCCUCCAUGAGCCCUUGAUUGAUGAGGACCCCGUGUUCAUUACCACAUGUACAGAGAGGGAGCUGCGCAAGAGGAAGAAGAGAAAGUUCAGCCUGUGGGUGCGACAGUGCAGCUCCACUGGUUUCAUCUGUCAGAUCUAUGUCCAUCUAAAGGAGGGUCCAGGUCCAGAUGGUUUGGACACGCUGAAAAAUAAACCCCAGCUUCACAGUCUGGUGGCCAAGCAGCUCUGUCAGAAUCUGGCUGGCCGUAAUGCAAUCAUCUUCACUGGCCCAAGCAUCACAAGUCUAAACUUGUUUCAGGAAUUUGAGAAACAGGGCAUCUACUGCUGUGGGUUGCUGAGCACUAGGAAGAGUGAUUGUACAGGUCUUCCUCAGUCUAUGCUGAUCAAUACCGAGGCUCCACAGCAACGUGGCCAGUCUCACAUUAAGAUGAGAGGCAAUAUGUCCAUAAUCAAUUGGUACAACAAAGGCACCUUCAGGUUCCUCACUAACGCCUACUCUCCCACUAAAGAAGGGGUGAUCAUUAAGAGGAAGAGUGGAGAAAUCCCAUGUCCCCUUGCUGUGGAGGCCUUCGCUGCACACCUGAGUUACAUCUGCAAAUAUGAUGACAAGUACAGCAAGUACUUCAUUUUCCACAAGCCUAAUAAGACCUGGCAGCAGGUGUUUUGGCUGACCAUCAGCAUCGCCAUCAACAAUGCCUAUAUUCUUUACAAGAUGUCAGACGCCUACCACGUCAAACGCUACAGCCGGGCGCAGUUCGGCGAGAGGCUGGUCAAGGAGCUUCUGGAUAUGAACGACUGCUCACCCACUCAGUGAAGAAACCGCAUGCUGUCUCUAACCCACUCAUACUAACAUACUCAAAUACACUUGCAUUCUGCACUUCAGGGUCAUUUUGAACAAACAAACCCUAUACAUAACGCUAUACAUAAAAUGUGUGCCAAGUUUGGUUGAAAAAGGGACGUUUUCCAUCUAAACUCACAUUUAAGACCCCAUUUGAUACUACAGGACUGUUGUAAAUACGUCACUGUAACACUUGCUGCAUGAGAAACACGAAAACGUGCCCUUUGUAGAUGUGCAAUGAUUUUUAUCCAUAGAGUUCCAGUAAUAGUGUUGACGUAGUUUUGAACCCUGAGGUACAUGUUUUGUGAAUUCUCUGUUUGUGAGCAGCAUUAUCCAACAUCCAGCACUGAUAAAUAUACUGUAUAUACUCUGUGAUUGAGGCGUUUUAUCAGCAAAACCAGAAUGUAAUGCAAUUCACAUGUUAGAUCACAGAACAUCGUAGAUGUUGUCCCAAAUACCUGGGCUUUUUUCUAUUUUAUAUCACUUAAUAUUUAUGAUCUUUAUGACUCUUUUUUUUAAAAGGCAGCAACAUUAGUGACGCAGAUGAUGUAUAAUGCCACACAGACACCAAAACUGGAGGUGAAAUGUGGCAAAACUACUAUGCUUUCCCAAUCUUUUUUUUACUCGGUAGUAGCGGUCAGGAUUCGCAAGUCUAAUGAUCCCAAAUUAGAUUUCAACAUAACAUGAACUCCUUUGUCUGCCUUUCAUUAAUAUCCAUAUCAUUUUGUCAAUUAAAUUAUUAUGAUGAAUAUACAGUAGGAAAAGGCCCAAUAUACAGUAGUAUACCAAAAAUAAUGUAAAUAUUAUUUCUAAUAAUU